CGCAGAAAGAAGAAGCUGAGUAAGUAAACUCGUUAGCAUCAUCACCAUUGAAUUACACUGCAGUUUCCACCAUUACACAGUGAAUGCACUCUAAUCUCAACCUUCUCCGAUCUGGAUAGUAACCCGGGUCGAACCGUGGCUUCCUCAGGCUCCAACUCGCAGAGCCUCUCUCGAAGAAAACCACCUUCUUCUUCUUCUUCUUCUCCUCCGCAACAACCACAAUCCGGGUCGACCCGGAUCAUUUACCGGGAAUCGAGAACCCGCUCGGAAUCGGAGUUUCCGAUCUGGCAGCAAAACUGGUUCAUCGCAUUGCUCUUCCUCAUGGCUCUCGGAUUCUUCGCUUUCGCUCUCUUCCUCUUCCUCUCCCUCGAUUCUGAAUUCUCCUUCUCUCCUUCUUCCUCCGCUUCCGCCUCCGCAUCUACCUCCGCCGCUUCCUCCGAAGGCGUCGAGGUGCAGGUUACUUAUGGAUCCGUUUUGAAGCUUAUGCACGAGAAGACGAAAUUCCGGUUGCAUUCUCAUGAUGUGCCGUAUGGUUCUGGAAGUGGACAGCAAUCUGUUACUGGUUUUCCUGAUGUUGAUGAUGCCAACAGUUACUGGAUUGUGAGGCCUGAGCCAGGAACUGGUGCUAAACAAGGUGAUGCCAUAAAAAGUGGCACCAUCAUUAGAUUGCAGCAUAUGAGGACCAGGAAGUGGCUGCACAGCCAUUUGCAUGCAUCCCCAAUAUCAGGCAAUCUCGAGGUGAGUUGCUUUGGAGGAGAGUCUGAAUCUGACACUGGAGACUAUUGGAAGGUUUUCAUAGAAGGAAGUGGAAAGACUUGGAAGCAGGAUCAGAAGAUUCGGCUUCAGCAUAUUGACACCGGAGGCUAUCUACAUAGUCAUGAUAAGAAAUACAGUCGGAUUGCUGGGGGACAGCAGGAGGUAUGUGCAGUUCGUGAAAAGCGUGCGGACAAUGUCUGGUUGGCAGCUGAAGGUGUCUAUCUUCCGGUUACUGAAAGCAAAUAGAUCAUUAGUAUCAAUCUAUACUUUUCCAAAUGGUUAUCAUGGAUUUUGGACUGGGUGGCUGGGAGAUCAGUACUGAUCUUAGAUGCAGAUUGUCUAUUAAAUGAAAAAAAUGCACGAGCUCUUUUAGGAUGAUAUAAUGAUAGUGAUAUUUUUGUCAUAGGUUCACAUUAUGCAGUAACUGUAAGCCCCUUUCCCCGGCAGAAAAUACUUAUAUCCCUGUAUCUGUUAUUUUAUUAUAAAAUGUGCUACUGCUAAUUGAUAUUUCCUCUAA